CUCUUUAACCUUUACAAACCAUGGACUAUGGAUCUCGUGAAAACGUUACUGGAUAUUCACCAAUACCUGCAAGACGAUCUGAUAUACAAAGAACUGGUUCUUAUAGAAGCAUGUCUGGUGAAAUUGAACAAGUUGUUACUCACUUGUUACGUACCACAAAAUCCUUAUUAGAAGCAUUGAAUCUUUGGUCUCAACUACGUAUGUCUUCUGCUGAUAUUUCUGAAUUACAUCAUACUUUAGAAGCUCAGUUUUAUAGAGUUUCUCAAUCGUUCGAAGAAGCUCACGUGAAAACAAGUGACCUUGCAUGGAUUCCACAUAAACUUCGUCAAUCAGUUGAAGAAUGUAUGAACCAAGAACCUUCGACAAUGGCCCUUGAUCAAUAUUUGCCUCGUAUUCGUGAUGUCAUUGUUCACUUGCUUCAUGGUUUGAAAGGAAAACAACAACAACUUCGGGAAAUGGAUGCUCAAAUGUCUCAAAUGCCAUCUUCUCCUCCUCCACAACAACAACAUUCAGGUGUCCCUUUGUCAGCACGAGACUCUUAUCGAUCACAAGAAUCUUGGCACCGUAAUAGCGACAAUUAUGUGCGUGGUUCUACCAAUUUAUCCCACUCUGAAAGUACUGGAAGUAACAAAUCUGAUAGAUUGACUCAUUCUAACUAUGACCCUUAUACUGGUGGAAUGCCUCAACCAACCCUGUCAUCUGAUGCUAGAAAAUUCUACAACCAGUCAUCUAGACCGUCAUCGCCUCAACAAAAAGCCUAUCGAAAACUUUCACACACUUCUUCAUCACCAUCAUCAACAACACCUAUACAGCAACCAAUUCCAUCUCGUUCGGCCUCUCGUACAUUACCUACUUCGACUCCACCUCCACCUCCUCCUCCACCACCGGUCGUUCCUACAGGCCCAUCACGUCACCUUCAACCUAUUAACAAUAACAGCUUUGAUGAAAAUGAUCCAAAUACUGCAAGUGCUCUUGCUGCUUUGAAACGACAAGAAAACUUAGCUAGACGAUCCUCUGUACGACGUGCUUCCAUGUAUCGUGGUAAUACCAGUGCUGAUUAUGCUUCCAAGCGAUUUUUAUCUGAUGCGCCACCGCUACCUUCUCUACCAACAACUUCAUCAACAUUACCAUUGAAUCGUGUGGAUGAGGACAAAGCAACUGGAAAUGAUUUUAUUCAGCCUAUAGCACCUUCAUUGGGUCAUCAAUCUACUGGGAAUGACAAUAUGAUUAGAGGAUCAACUGACAACGACACAAAUAAGACUGUCUCCAAUGUGGAUGAUACAACAACUCAACCAUCCGCUCUCACUCUUUAUCUUCAAAUGGGUAAACAAACGAAAAAAGUAUCUUAUUCUGGCGAAGUGACGUUACCUGCAUUGAGCAUGUUGUUUAUCGAAAGAUUUGGCUAUAAUGCUGGUCAACAAGAUUUUCCAAGUAUUUAUAUCUGUGAUCCUACUUUUCCAACUGUAUCUUAUGAAUUACAAGAUCUGACUGAAGUUAGAGACAAAUCUAUUCUCUCCCUUACUCCUCAAGAUGCAAAUGACGAAAAAUCAGUCGAUGUGAAUUCGUUGAUCAAAGAAUGGAAUGAAACACGACGUGUCAUGAUGGAACAAAUGGAACGACUAGAACAAAAACUUACUGAACAACAGGCACCCGAUACUGAAGCACUGGUGCAGGAAAUCGUACGCCAGACUUUAGCAACAGCAUCAUCCUCAUCGAUUUCUGCAACUGAACAUGCGGAAGUCACUAGCAAAGAUGAUCCACCCACAGAAGAUGUCCAUAACAACGAUAUUACUAAUGAAAAUACAACAGUGAUAACCAAAGAUGAUAACAAUAAUAUUUCAACAGUGACAGCAGGAUCCAAUGAUGAUAUACCUUCAACAAAAAUUCAACAAGAACAACGUGAUGAAAUCGAAAAGUUACAGCGUCAAGUGAUGGUGUUGCGGCAAGCUCAAACAGAACUUCAAGACGAACGCAACAAGCUGGUACAAGAUCUUCAGGACAAGGACCAACAACUCAAGGAUUUGACAAUAGGAGAUAAGGAAAAGGAGGCUCUGAAGGAAGCAAGAAAGAUGGCCAAGGCAACACCGUCAGAAGCACGACAAUAUAUUGAACAAGGAAAGGAAGAACUUUUGACGUCGUCGGACAAGAUCACGAUGCGACUUGAAGAUCUCCAAGAUGCCAUUGAUCAUUUGAAACUGGAUGUGACUCAACGUAAAUGCCGACCUUCUGAAGUCCAAAUGACGCACUGCCGAGAAGAACGAAAAGCAUUGGCGGACGAUAUUGAAGAAUUUGGAACGUAUAUUGGCAAAGUGAAACCUAUUUGGAAGAAGACAUGGGAACAAGAAUUACAAACUAUUGUGAAGGAGCAACAAACACUCAAGGAACAAGAAGGUCUACUGAUGGAUAUGAAUGAUGAUUUGGAAGCUCUUCAAGAAGUAUUUGAAAAUUUGGAAAAGAUUUAUGCAUUCCAAGAAAAAUCCCGACACAAUGCUCCUUCCUCUAUACGUGAAUUCCGUGUUGCUCCUCCUGAAGAUGGAUUUGAAGGUAUGACUAGCGUGCUGAAACAAGUAGCUACCAUUGAUGUGGAUCAUGAUCGUCGACUCAAAGCGUUGGAAAUGGCUGAUCGCAUGCGGCAACGUGAACUGGCGAAUCGUAUUGAUGAUUUUGAAAAGGAAUUAACAUCGUUUGUGGAUCAUAAAAAACUCAAAAAGACUGGUGGUGCCAUGGAAAUCGAUCGACUACGUCAACAAAAGGACAAAGAUAUGAUACAACGGCUCUACAUGGAAAAGCAACAGCAACAACAACAACAACAGCAAGAAGUGGUGGAGGAGGGUAAUGAAAAUCAAGACGAUGGAAAGCAAGAAAAGAAUCAAGCUGACCCAAUAUCUAAUGAAGAAGAGACUGAAGACAAGAUUAAUGAAGAUAAUCAAGCUGAUUAGUAUAGAAAUCACCCAAUAUAUCAUUCUAUAUUCUUUUUUAUAUAUAUAUCUAUAUAUUUAAAUAUACACAUUACACAUCAUGUUUUUUAUCUUUUUAUCAUUAUUACUUUUAUUAUCAUUAUUAUUAUUCUUUUUAUCAUUACAAUUGAUAUUGCUUCGAUUAUUUGU